AAGAGGCGACGGGGACUCGCAACGGAUGGUGCAGCGAUAUUAGGCGACUUUUCUACCCAUGGAGAUUCUAUGAAUCCAGCGGCCCCGACGUGAGCGGCGUCUGUUUUGGCUCCGCCCCCUCGGGGGUUCCCCCCGGCUUGCCCCGUCGCCUUAGCAACGGGAGAAGCCUGCCGGCCCCGCCUGCAACUGCCGCCCGGGCCGAAGGGGGCGUGGCCACGAAAGGCGGCAGCCGCGGCGGGAGGGCAUCCGAGAUGCGAGGCGUCUUCCCCGCCUGCGUGACUAGAGCCGCGGGGAUCCGCAGGUGGAUGGGAGAGUCCUGAGAAGCCCCUCCAGAUCGGAUCAAGACCAGGAUGGAGAAGACCAUAGAGGGGCUACAAGAACAAAUGAUGGCUAGAUCUAUCCCUUGUGAUGCUGAACUUCAACAACUCAUGCACCAGAUCGACAUAAUGGUAAACAAGAAGAAACUGGAAUGGGAAAAGAAAAUGCAGGGAUUGGAAGCAAGAAUGACUAUCCGGAAUGAAGAGUUAGCAAGUGCCCAGAGCAAAUUAGAUCAGAAAGGCCAAGAGGUGGGCUUACUCAGACAGAAGCUGGACAGCUUACAAAAGUCGAAAUAUGAGAUGGCUCAAAAUUACGAUGCCCAGCUCCAAGCCUUGAAAAUCCAAUUUGCUAAGCUGACACAAAGCUAUGAAAAGUUACAGUUGCACCAAUUAAAACAAAACAAAACUCACAGCGUGGAGAAAUGCACGGAAAACCAAGAAGCCCCAUUCCCGAUGAACAGCUUAAACCAGAAGUUGGAGCAACAAGCUCAAAAUUGUAAAAUCCAAAUACACUGUCAAAAGCUGAAGCAAAAUGAUGGGGGUCCUUGCAGCCAGUACAGAAACGAGCAGCUUGGGCUCCAGAACGGUGCUUUUACCGAGCCCGCUGAUAGGAACAAAUUCUUUAUGGAAAAACUUGAAUCAACCGUGAGUGAAAUCGCGGUGAGCAGAAACAAACUACAAGAGGAAAACUUAAAGCUCCAAAAGGAAGUAAAAAUGUACCAAAGGAAAUGCCAGAACACUGAAGUCAGGCUCCUGGAAGUGAGGAAUGAACUGCAGUCUCGUGAAGACCUCCUAAAUAUGGUGGAACUGGAAUGCCAGCAGUUGCGAAAGGAAGUGGCGAAAAUCGAAGAAUAUAAAAACAAAGAAGAAAAUCAAGUGAAGCUCCAGUCAGCUUAUGCACAAUGCAUCAAGGAUCUGGAAAUAAAGAAAACUCAGAUACUUAUUCUGGAAAGGCAGCAGGACAAUCUACAAAAAGAGCUAAAUGAGAUAAGCGCCCAGCUUUCUCGGGAAGCGCAAGCCCAUCGCUCCGAGGUGGAGAGACUGAGGAUGGAAAACUCUAGCUUGACAGAGGAGCUUCAUCAGAAGGAAAUUACUAUAGCAACUAUUGUGGGAAAUGCCGCUGUGCUGGAAAAGCAGACAAUGGAUUUAUCAACGAAAGAGCACAGAACCUGUUUCGAUCCUGCUGGUAUGCUGGAGUGUAAAAAUGGAAGGUUACGCAAAGAACUUCUUAAAUUGCCGAGGGACCCAGACAUGCCUUCCUUGGCAAAUGCCUUCGCCUACUUUGGAACGAAUCAUGCCAAGCCAGCCUCUCUGAAAAUGCCGGCAAAGGAAGAGAAGCCUGUGCAGGAUUCAAUCCAGUCUGCAAUAUAUGAACAUUUGGGAUGCUGCCAAACGCAUGUUCCUGACUGGCAUGGCCUGCGGGAUAGGAUUACUCUUGAAAGCAAUGGCCCUUCGCUUCCUGAAAUAUCGAGCCGAGAGCGUGAACCCGUAGCAGAUGGUAGAUCUCCCUCCCCCCUAGAGGUGCUCCCACCAUACUGCUCCACUUCCUUUCCUCAUCGGAAUAAAUCUGACGUAUUGCUGAACCAGGUCUACAUUAUGGAAGAAAGACAGAUGCCUUCCCGAGAGAGUUUGUUCCCGGCCGCUGCAGCAGAGAAAUUCCGACAAGAGGAAGAGAGGAGAGCACAGGACUUCGAACAGAUUUUAAACUCUCACAUUGAAGAACUGCGAAGGCAGUCAGCAAAUACCCUGAAGCACCAUGCCACUCUCAAGCAUAUCCACCGCAGAUGAAGCUUUAAAAAAAAACAAAAAACCUUAAAUUGUACAGAUAAAUCCCUGCACCAAACAUCAGCUACCAUUUAAAAAAAAAAAAAAAACUUUAGCCCAAGAAUUUUUUUUUGGUAAUGUGAGAUUUUUAUAUCGUUUCGCUGUGGAGUUCAUUUCAACAUGAAUUUGGAAGAUUGUGUAUCAAGAGGUCUCAAAAGAAAGUCUGGAAAUUAAAUGUGAAUAUAUAUUUUUUAA